UUGCAUGCAAAGCACAGCACACAGUCAACAGUAGACUUUUGUCAUGUCUCAUCAGACGACAUGACAAAAUUUUGUUGGGUCUACAUUAUAAUGAGCCAUUAAGAUAAUUCGUUAGCGUUUGUGAAGUUAGUCGACCUGAGAUUUCUUGUAUCCUGGUUUUAUACAGGAAAGUAAAGAUAAAUGCAAAAUUAACAUUGGUGGUUGAUAAAAGCAUUAUCGUGUAGCUGGAAAGGACACGCGUCAAUUUGAACGCGAUGGAUGAAAAACACGUUACGAAUGGAAGUCCAGAAAAAACAACUUCCAACAAAGUUGAAACAAUUCUGGAAUCAGUGGGUGGAUACUCAACGUAUCAAAAAUGGAUGACUUUUAUCCUAAUUUUUCCCCAAUUUUCGACCGCCAUGAUCGUCCUGUCGUCCAACUUUACGGGGUCGAACAAAGUUCCGUUGUACUGCCAGAAGGACGAAGACUCCAUUUAUUCCGAUGGACUGUGCAACGUUACCUGCAUCCCGCUCCAUGAAGACGAUCACGUCAUUUUUACAAGCGUUGUUCAAGAGUGGAACCUGGUUUGCAGUCAGAGUUGGGUGGCUGACAUGGUCACAAGUUUUCAAAUGGCUGGGAUGACGCUUGGAGCCAUAGGUUCUUCAAUCAUUUCGGAUCAGUACGGACGAAGAAAGUGUUUUCUCCUGCAAACUUUGAGCAUGGGAAUUUUAGGAAUGUUGCCAGCCCUCGCCUUCAACGCUUGGAGCUAUGCGAUCUUUAGAUUCCUAGCUGGACUUGGUGUGGGAGCCUGUUUCGUCGUGUAUCUUUCUCAUCUGAUGGAAUUCUUGACCCCGUCGUGGCGAACAAUCUGCGGAACCAUCAGUUUUUGGCCACUGGGAGAAAUGUUUUUGGGACUGUUGGCAUAUCUUAUCGGGAGUUGGAGAUGGCUCACUUUCGCCACUGCCCUUCCUGCCUUGCUGCUUGUGCCAUGUUAUUGCAUCGUCCAAGAAAGUCCGAGGUGGCUGCUCAUCCGGAAAAAAACGACCGAAGCCCAUGACGUGUUUUCCACCAUCGCCAAGUGGAACGGGAAGGAAGCCCCCUCUCUCAAAAUGGUGGCGGACCUUCAAGAAGAAAUUGUCGCGGAGGAGUCCUCCUCAAUUCAUGGCAUCAAAGCGAUUCGAAUGAUCGCUUCGAACAGCAGGUUACGCUUGCACAUGUCGAUCCUCGUCCUGUGUAACAUCACCUGCGCCGUCGUGUACUACGGGGUGACCUUUAACGCGAAAAAUCUCAGCGGAAACGCCUAUUGGAACAUGUUUUAUAUGGGAAUUUUUGACUUGAUCGCGUCACCGGCUCCAAUUCUGUUUACAAAUUGGAUUGGAAGGAGGAAAACAUUUAUUAUGUUCAUGACACUGGGCACGGCGUUUAUCGUGGCGUUGCUGGUGAUCGAAUUUUCGGUGGGGAUUGACGCCUCAUCCCCCAUGCUGGUCAAUGUCCUCAGUCUUUCCGGUCGGUUUGGGAUAGUUGCAGCUUGGGGAGCCUUAACCUGCCUAAUUUUGGAAACUGCUCCAACAAAUUUGCGCUCCACCUGCUUAGGAUUCGCCGCAUUUUUAGGCUAUUUUGGAGGAAUAUUGGCUCCACAAUUGUUUUUACUGAGAUCAAUCGCAACGUCCCUGCCAUACAUCAUCUUGUGCGUUUUAUGCAGCUCAUCCUCCAUUUCGUCGUGGUUCAUUCGAGAAACUUUGAAACAACCGUUGGAAGAUACGGUGGAAAAGGAUAAAAAUAAGUGUUGACUGACGCCACCAACCAACCAACCAACAGUGGCCGCGGAAGUGUAGGAAAAUGUCCCCCCUGUUGUUCGAUGUCCCCAUCAUCUAUCUCCUCAUCCAUCUUAUAAAUAUAAACCCCUCCCUCCCCUUAUCCUACAAUGUAAAUGUCCCCCAUGUCCCCACAACAGCUUCCGCGGCCACUGAACUAACCAGCACAUUCGGCGUGUAUAAAUUAUAACAUAAUCUAAUCUGUAACUCAAAUCUGCCUUCUUAACUUUCUUUUAAAUCAAGUGACAGUUUAUCGAUUUGAUUUAUUUUUAAUUGCAAAUUUUUUAUGCAAGAUUGUACAAAAUUUUACCAAAUAAAAGAGCCAAUUUUUUCCGGGCA